AUGUACAAAGUGGACUUUGUGAUCCUUGGCAUAGGACUAUUCUGCGUGCUCAACAUCCCUUCCUUCCCAGCAAACAAGGGGCUCGAAGUGCUCAAAACGGUGAGAAACUCCAUCGACUACUCCCAAAUGGGCACUACUCAGCGCGCCCAAGUGAUCAGCAAAAGCUUCACGGUGGUGGGGUUCCAAAGAUCUGCACUCGAUGUCGCCGCGGAACGAGCAGAUGUAAACAGUGAGCGAGAAGCUGAUUCCAAGAAUUAA